GUGUGUCCCUUCCGCUGCCGACACCUCACCGGUUGCCGCCGUCCCCAUGAACUUUAGGAAGCUUCGAGAUGCUUCCCGGGACACGUGGCCGGCCCACGUAGAGCUGCAGCUGCUCGAGCACGUUCUUGGCGCGUCUUCCCAUCCCAUAGACGCGGCAUCGAGCGGCAGCGGCUACGAAAUCAGGGGAAACCCAGGGGGCGUGGCGCGAAAACAGCCACCUCUCCCCAAAUCCACGCACGCCGGGGUGGUCGACGUCGCCGCGACGCGACGCGACGCUUCCAUCGGUCCCUCCCCACCUCUCCGGCUUUCCACGACACGGGCUCCCUGCUUGGCUGCCCCACCUGCUCUCUGUUUCUUUCCCUUCCCCGCGAGGCUGCGAUCCCACCACCCCCGCGCAUCCAGCGAGCGGCGGUCGGAGAACAUGGGCGGCGAGGACGACGCGCCGGCGGUGCGCGCAGAGGAGUCCGUCUCGGGGGGCGUCGACGUCUGGAGCGACGCCGUCUCCUCCCACGACCCGGACCACCUGCUCGUCAUGGUCCACGGCAUCCUCGGCAGUACUGCUGAUUGGCAAUAUGCUGCUAAUGAGUUUGUAAAGCAACUCCCUGACGAUGUAAUCGUGCACUGUAGUGAGAAAAAUUCAUCAAUGUUAACUCUAGAUGGAGUUGACGUCAUGGGGGAACGCUUAGCAGAUGAGGUGCUUGAUGUUGUUAGUCGAAGGCCAGAACUCACCAAAAUUUCUUUUCUUGCACACUCCGUUGGAGGAUUAGCUGCAAGAUAUGCAAUUGCAAAACUUUAUCGACAUCCAGAUGGUGUGUCUGAUGGAAAUACUAAAGGAACCAUCUGUGGAUUGGAAGCAAUUAACUUUAUUACUGUAGCAACACCUCACCUUGGUUCACGAGGAAAUAAACAGGUCCCCCUCCUGUUUGGAUCCCUUGCGAUGGAAAAGGUUGCUUGCCGGGUCGUCCAUUGGAUAUUUAGGAGAACUGGCAAACAUCUCUUUCUAACUGACGAUGAAGAAGGGCAACCACCACUGCUGCAGCGUAUGGUUGAAGAUCAUGGCGAUCUCUACUUUAUAUCUGCUUUGCGAGCAUUUAAGAGACGUGUGGUGUACGCAAAUGCUGACUGUGAUCAUAUUGUUGGCUGGAGAACAUCAUCUAUUAGAAGAAACACUGAGCUUCCUGAGUUGGCAGUAUCGUCAUCUGAGAAGUACCCCCACAUUGUACAUGAGGAGUACUCAGAAGAAAUUGAUGAUGAGAAGUGCCAAGAUUCCAUGACAGACUGUAAUUUGGACAUUCUUGAAGAAAAGAUGGUGACGGGUCUCCGAAGAGUUUCGUGGGAGAAGGUGGAUGUCAGCUUCCAGUCGAGCAUAACGAGCUUCGCAGCGCACAGCAUUAUCCAGGUGAAGUACGCGUUCAUGAACGAUGGAGCGGACGUGAUACAGCACAUCAUAGAUCACUUCCAGCUCUGAGAAUGUCCCCCCUGGCGGUGGUAGGAGAGAAGGUUUUUUUUUUCCUCGUUGACACUCGGCACGUACGUUCGCUUGGCGUGCUGAUCCAGUAGCUAGCAGCCGCACGGCAAAAUACGGAGCUGCCGAGUGCAGAUGCUGCUGAGCUCAUAGUAGUAUAAGAUUAGAUUUCAGCAGAUGCUCUGUCCUUGUGCCACGUGACAAUGUGUUGAGACUGUACAUAAGAGCAGUUCCACAGAAGGGAGCAGAGAAAAAUAGAGAGAGAGAACAUUAAUGUUGUACAUGUAUGAUACAUUUGUGCAAGAGAAAAUCGAAACCGUCCGUCCGUUGAUGCC